CCAAUAAUCAUGUGUGUGAAAGAAGCUUCUUUGAUGGUCUUAUUUCUUUGCUUCUUUAUGCAUGCUUCAUAUUCUGCUCUUCCAAUUCCCACUCACAAUAAAUUUCUCCCUCAAAAAAAGAUUGAGGAGAAGUUGAAAAAUGGAAGGGAGACAUUUGAGCACAAGUUGAUUAGAGAGGAAAUUUGCAAGAAAAAUAAUGCCAUUAAAAGAGGAAGUAGCAGAGCAGAUUGUAAAUCUUCUCUUCACCAGGCCUUGCUGCAAUUCACAAAAUCAGAGGUCACAAGAUGGAGACAUCGGAAGGUAAUAGAAAUGGAUUUACAACAUUCACAACAUUUAUCAGAGACGGACUAUGAUCCACCCCAUCGAAAAUCACCUAUUCACAACAAAUAGUGUAUGCAAAUACAUAUAUGAUUAAUAUUUUAAUCAUUGUCUACUUUUACGAUAAUAUUACUAUUUAGAAAUAAUAUACACAGGCAGUAGUUUAUUUUUUGCUUAUGACGAGGCACGUGUAACUGUGUAAGGAAUAUUGGUUUAAUUUGAUGCAUUUUCGUUGAGGUUUA